AUGCUUGGAGCAUCUCUGCGGGAGUUGGAUGACGGGUGGGACUGUUUCUUUGGAAAAUGGAAUAAAUUAAGGCUGACAGGAGAAGACGCUACCUAUUUCCACUGCAGAAGUUGCAAUGGCGGAGACCAUCAAGAUUUUGAAAAUGGUCCACUCGAGAUCGAACACCCUCUUCAUCAAAAACAUUCUCUUGAAUUCUAUCAAAGAAAGCAUUCUCUUAAGCUUGUGGUGAAUUGGGAAAAGGAAACUAGAGAAUGCUUUUGCUGUGAUGAAGAUCUCGCAGAGGUGUUUUAUCUUUGUCGGGUUUGUGAUUGUGCUAUGAACAUAGCUUGUGCAGAGAAACCACCAGUCUUAUAUAUACCCGCUCAGAAGAAGUGGCAUGAGCAUACGCUUGCUUUGUUUCCAAGAAGGGCUUCCUUAACUUGCAACCUCUGCGCCUUGGCCGAUUCAAGCUCUCCUAUCUAUAUGUGUCCUCCCUGUGAUUUUGUUGUUCAUCUAAAAUGUCUCAACUUACCACACGUGAUAAGGAUGUCUCGCCAUCCCCAUCGUAUCUCGUUUAACCAUUCUUUUGACCAAGGAGAUCGGUCAUGUAGUGUUUGUCGCAAAGAGAUCAACAAUGUUUACGGGGGUUAUUCUUGCAUCAAGAACGGCUGUUUGUAUGCGGCUCAUGCUAGAUGUGCCACCCAAAGCAAUGUGUGGGAUGGCAUAGAUCUUGAGGGAGAGCCUGAAGAAAUUGAAGAAGAAGAAGUUGAGCCGUUUGUGAGGAUAAGCGAUGGAAUCAUACAACAUUUUAGCCAUGAGCAUCAUCAUUUGAGACUUGAUGAGUGUGAGGAAUGUAUUUUCUAUAUUGAAUGUGAGAAUGCUACACACGUUAUUUAUACAAGGUGA